AUGCUGACGUUUUUGGUGUGUAGCCAGAUUCCUCGCCGUCAGGUCCAGUGUAUUUUUUCGUACAACUACAACCAUCCAGGGUCACACAGGAGGGGGUAACACCAGGGCUUUUUUCUUCUUUUUAUUUCUUUUCAUGCCCCACCUUCCUCCUGCGGUGCGUGUUGAAUUUUUAUUUUUAUCGCGAGAAGGGUCCAGCCUUCCCUUUCCCUCGUCAACGGUGCUAACGUCGAAGGUUGGUACUCACGAGAGCUUGUCAGCUAUAUUUCGCUUUCACCCGCACAUUUCUUAGAAUUUUCACCGCAUGGGGAUUC